AUGUAUGAUUUUUUAGAUUUUCCACUGCAAUUACACAUAUUCACUGGUACAGAACCAGAGGCAGGGACAGAUGCCAACGUCUACAUCAAAUUAUCUGGGUCCAUGGGAACAUCACGGAGGAUCUCACUCGCACCAGAGAAUGCCAACCAGAACCCUUUCGAGGCUGGACAGUAAGUUCACACGAACACUCUGGGAAGUUGUAAUUCGAAGAAGUAUGGUUUAAAAAACUGCCCCGAAUUAUUUUCUGUUUCUAGGAAAGAUGUGUUCAAUGUACACACUAUUCCCUUGGGAACAAUUUCAGGAAUUACAAUUGGUCAAGACGACACAGGAGAGAAACCCGCGGACUGGUUCCUAAAGAAGGUUCGUCUUCUGUUCAUACUAAAUCGAUGAUCUGGCUCAAGGGCCAUAUAUCAAUAGGGUUAAUACACACGCUGAUCGAUGUCACCGAAAAAAGGGUUAAGUAAACAAAAUUUUCAGUGAGUAAACGUUUGGGUAAAUGAAAAACAACUCAAGGGUUGGGUAAUAGAAAUUGUAUUAUUGUCAUUUCCAAAGCAUGACUCACUCAAAUAUUGAAGACUAGAAAGCAAUGUCAACAAUCAUAUAUCAAUACAAUAUGUAAAUCAAUCAGUCAAGAUAGUGAUCUUGAUCAUUUUCCGACUUGUCAGGAGGCAAAUGGUGUCUCUAAAGAAAAUACAUGUGCAGACAACAUGAACCUUUAGACUGAAGAAAAUUGAACAAGUAGUUAUCAAAUUUGUGUCACAGAAGUGGUGAAUGACACGUGUGACAAUGGUACUCUUUUGUAACGUUUUUGGCCAGGGGUGGGUAUUUAUUUCUUAAUUUAUACUUGAGGUUGGGUUAAUGGUUGGAUCUUUUACCAAGAAAAACAUUUUGGUGCCACACCCAGCCAUAAAUAAUAACCGGUCUCUAAUUUAAAGCUCUAAUAUAGUAAUGCAAAGUCCCACGAUACAACAAAUCGUCGUUUCCAUUGAAUCUAUUCAACUUUAGGUUGUAGUGAAAGAUGCAGCGAACACGAUGUAUAAAUUUGACGUCAACCGUUGGCUCGCCAAAGAUAAGGAUGACGGACAGACUGAAAGAGAACUAAGCUUAAGUAAGUCAUCAUCGUUUACUUCGGAAGCUUGUGAGUCACGUUAGAUGACAGCAUUGUAAUCACAAAGUGUAAGGGAUGAUUUAUGCUACAGUAUUUACUAGCGCGAUUAGGUGUAACACAAUCAACCCAAGUCUCUAUUGUUUUAUUAACCAGCUGCGACAAUCGCACCAGGCUCCUACAAGCAGAUUGGUUGUUUUAAAGAACGCACUGACGUCAACAAAGACAGAGCUAUCCCAUCGCUGGAAGGUCGAGACGAUGUCUUAGAUGGACUGGGACAGACUUCGUAUCGGGGUAGAGAAUUUCCUAUCGAGAAAUGUGCUGACGCUGCAAGACGGCGAGGUCACGUCAUGUUUGCAAUCCAAGAUGGUGGACUUUGUGCGACCAGUAAAGAGAUACAGAAUACGUAUGAUGUUUAUGGUGAAGGCGAUGAUUGCAUGGUUAAUGGGACUGGAUCGGCGUUCUCGUCUACUGUAUAUACCUUUUCUGAUGAAGGUUAGUUUUGGGACAACUCAUGACGGGUUUUGAGGAAAAAACUGGGUCUAGUCACUGAUCUCAAAAAUGACCCCGAAUUCAUAAUUCAAAUGCUUGGUUACCUUCGUUCCACUCUAUGCUUAUAUUAGUGGUAACUAUUUUUAUGAAUUCAUCCAACUGGCAUAAAUUUGCGUUAGCUUAUUAGGAUCGAUUAAGGCAAUCGAAUGGCUGUCAUUACUACAUUGUAAUUACAUUUUAUUGUAUUUUAUUGGUUGUAUUCAGCAGCGUAGCCAGCCCGACAAAUUAGUCCCGCUAUGCAAAUAUUUUCGUGUUCAUUGACUAUGACAACAAUGAAUUUCUAAAGAAAUGAAUGAUAAUAAUUUUGAAUUUGCAUAGCGGGACUAAAUUGUCGGUAUUGUAUUGUGGUAGGCCGAUUUACACUACACAACUUUUGCCUAAAACUGCCGCAUGUAACCUGCUUACAACUUGAGUUGUACGUGUAAAUAAAGCACACAACUCACCUACGACACAGAUGAUACCAGAUGUAUCAUCACUCUAUACCUAUCCCUAUGAUUUUCGUGUCCGCGAUUUUCGCGAGGCUAUCACGCCAGAUGACGCGUGCGACAGCGACACAAUUUUGGCUGAGUGAGACAUCUGGUAUUAUCUAUCAUCUGUGCCUACGAUAACAUUGGUGAGUUGUGUGCUUAUUUUACACAGUACAAUCAAGUUGUAAGCAGGUUGCGUGCGACAGUUUUAGGCGAAAAUUGUGUAGUGUAAGUCGGUCUCAAGAGUUUAACAAUAUUGUUCCUAGAACCUGGUUUUCAAGAUGCCGAGUCAUCCGCUGGUGGAACUGAAGAAGGUACAGAAACAUUGUACACAAACAUGGUACAAAAAAUUAACGCGAAUUAAAAUGUUUGUUACUUUAGGUACAGAAAACACACAAAAUCAACCAGCUCUACCUAGCGACCCUGCAAUGCAGCAUGCUGGCCAGUUACCCUCGCCAACACAAGGCAACCCUACAAAUUCUGGACCAGCUUCAGGCACAACCACAUCUGGCGGUAAAUCUAACACAGAAACUACUGGGAAUCAAGGUAGCACAGCUGAAAGUACGAAAAGUGAUCAAAGUGGAGUGGAAAAUGUCCAAAAUAAUGGAGCAGCAGGUAUUCUAUUUCACGACAAUUUCCAAUCCGGGACGUACUUGGAGCGGAAUGAUUGAACAUAAGUUAUUUUCAGACCAGUCUGAAUGAAUAUCGGAACAAUAUUGCUAAGGCAAGUUGGCAGGGUGGGUUAGGAUAAAGAAAACACAGUUAGGAAAGUAAUAUCACAAUUGUUGUAAAGAUUACUAGUCUAAGCUGAGUAACAUAUAAGUAAGCGUAAUACUUGAUGUAAUCGGCCACUGAAAAGCCCCAAUGGGGAGUAAUAAUAAUGUAAUUUAAUGUGAUUAUGUGAGUGCAGAUACGUUUGACAACAUCAUCUUUAUUUUAGGUCCGAAGUCGAAGCAAAUAAAUGGAGGUGAGGCAAGUUCAAGCAAAGACAUCAAUAAGAUGGGUGGAAGAGUACCUGGAACUGGCGAGAAUGGCUCAAGAAAUAAAGCAGUUAAUAACCUUACUGAAGAAAACGGACAGCAAAGCCUUAAAACUCCAGAAUCUCUCAAAAGCACGCCUAGUGAAGGCAGUGAACAAACUACAUCUACAAGGAAACCCGACUCAGAGGAAAACCGCCAAAUGACAAGUGGAAACACAGAAGCGUAUUCCACAAAGGGUAAACUCAUUUCUGAGGGAAAUCAAGAAAAUACCAAUGGAAACACAGACUUAACAAAACCUAACGAAAACUCUUCUGGUCAAACCAGUCAAACAAAACCCAAUCAAAAUGGCGAGAGAAUCACAAACUAUCCAGUCAGAACAGACACGAAACUUCAACAGCCAAAAAUUCAUCCUGGACGCGAGGAUAACGAAAUACCUAAGCUUGGGAACCAGUAUAAGCUUGGGCAAGGUGGCGGAUCGCCGGUAAAGGGUGAAGCGUCGGUAGAGGCAAAAACGCCGGUAGGGGAAGGAUCGCCGGUAAUAGAGGCACCGCUUCAGCCAAAGGUGCAUAAGAUAGCACCUGAAACUAGACUUCCCGGGGAAUUUACCUCCCAGCCUGGUGAGGGACAUAAUAUCAUUCUAAAAGCCAAACAAGACAUGAUACGAAGGCCUUUUAGUAAACUGUUAGAUACCCACCAAAGAAAUGAGAUUCGGCAUUUAGCUAAGCCGAAGAACUGA